GUCCUCCUGAGCUGGCACAGGGUCCCUGAGUGUCCGGGGGUCUGUCCGGGCUGUCGCAACCUGGCCUUGUCCCCUUCGCCUCUCCGUGGCACCAGGAUGGAGGUUCCGCCACCGUGACCUUCUGCCACCCUGCCCCUCCUCCCCGAGGGUGACAAUCCCGGCUGGGAUGUCCCCUGACCCUCCGAGCCAGCCCUGGGCAUGAGGUUUAUCCCGGUGCGCCACCUCCUUGUCUCCUCCCCGCCGCAGGAGGUGACACCCCCGCGGUGUCCCCUGCGGGUGGCCUCGCCCGGCGCCGGAGGGGUUAAGGAGGGAAGGCUUCCCUUGCCAGGGGUGUUGCUGGGAACAGGCAGGAGCAGGAGCGGGAGCCGCUGCCAUCUGCACAUUGCGAUUUGCUCCAGUUGCUGUGGUAUCCAGGGAGCCCUCCUCCUCCUCCUCCUCCUCCUCCUCCUCCUCCUCCCGCUGCAGGAGCUGCACGCCGGGCGUUGCUAAGGUCGCCUCCGCGGUAACAUGCACAUCCUGUUUACACCUUCAUCCCGACAAGUUGGGCUCGGAUAGAGCCGCCUGUUCCCCCCGGGAAGCCCCCAGGGAAGCCCCCAGGGAAGGGGUCACACGGAGCAUCCCCCCCCGGAGCCGCCGGAGCCGCGAGCGAGGCCGCCCCAGGAGCGCCACGCCGGUGGCACCGUCGCUGUGACAAGAUGACAAACAACGUGGCCGACCACCACCCCGGGAACUCGGUGGCCGAGGGCAACCAUGAGGGGGACUUUGGGUGCUCCUUGCUGGAGCUCAGGAACCUCAUGGAGCUGAGGAGCGCCGAGGCCGUGGCCCGGAUCAACGACUCCUAUGGCGGCGUCCAGAACGUCUGCAAGAGGUUGAAGACGUCGCCGGUCGAAGGCCUGUCCGGGAACCCCACGGACCUGGAGAAGCGGCGUCAGGUCUUUGGCCAGAACUUCAUCCCCCCCAAGAAGGCCAAGACGUUCCUGCAGCUGGUGUGGGAGGCGCUGCAGGACGUGACACUGAUCAUCCUGGAGAUCGCGGCCAUCAUCUCCCUGGGGCUCUCCUUCUACCACCCCCCGGGCGGGGACAACGAGCUGUGCGGGCAGUCCUCGGGCGGCGUGGAGGACGAGGGCGAGUCGCAGGCGGGCUGGAUCGAGGGCGCUGCCAUCCUGUUCUCCGUCAUCAUCGUGGUGCUGGUGACGGCCUUCAACGACUGGAGCAAGGAGAAGCAGUUCCGGGGCCUCCAGAGCCGCAUCGAGCAGGAGCAGAAGUUCACGGUGAUCCGCAAGGGCCAGGUGAUCCAGAUCCCCGUGGCCGAGAUCGUGGUGGGGGACAUCGCCCAGAUCAAGUACGGUGAUCUCCUGCCAGCGGACGGGAUCCUGAUCCAGGGCAAUGACCUGAAGAUAGACGAGAGCUCGCUGACUGGGGAGUCAGACCAGGUGAAGAAAUCCAUGGAUAAAGACCCCAUGCUGCUGUCAGGUACCCACGUGAUGGAGGGCUCGGGCAGGAUGGUGGUGACUGCCGUGGGCAUCAACUCCCAGACUGGGAUCAUCUUCACCCUCUUGGGAGCAGGAGAAGGCGAUGAGGAGAAGAAAGUGAAGAAAGGUAAAAAAAGCGGAGCCCCCGAAAACCGCAACAAAGCUAAAACUCAGGAUGGUGUGGCCUUAGAGAUCCAGCCCCUGAAGAGCCAGGAGGGGGUGGAAAACGAGGAGAAGGAGAAGAAGAAGGUGAAGGUGCCCAAGAAGGAGAAGUCGGUGCUGCAGGGGAAGCUCACGCGCCUGGCGGUGCAAAUCGGGAAGGCAGGGCUGAUCAUGUCGGCCAUCACCGUCAUCAUCUUGGUGCUCUACUUCGUCAUCGACACCUUCGGGGUGCAGAAGCGGCCCUGGCUGGCCGAGUGCACCCCCAUCUACAUCCAGUACUUCGUCAAGUUCUUCAUCAUCGGCGUCACCGUGCUGGUGGUGGCCGUGCCCGAGGGGCUCCCGCUGGCUGUCACCAUCUCGCUGGCCUACUCCGUCAAGAAAAUGAUGAAGGACAACAACCUGGUGAGGCACCUGGACGCCUGCGAGACCAUGGGCAACGCCACGGCCAUCUGCUCGGACAAGACGGGCACGCUGACCAUGAACCGCAUGACCGUGGUGCAGGCCUACGUGGGGGACACCCACUACCGCCAGAUCCCCGACCCCGAGGCCAUCCUGCCCAAAAUCCUGGACCUCAUCGUCCACGGCGUGGCCAUCAACUCUGCCUACACCUCCAAAAUCCUGCCCCCAGAGAAGGAAGGGGGGCUGCCCCGCCAGGUGGGCAACAAGACCGAGUGUGCCCUGCUGGGCUUCGUGCUGGACCUGAAGCAGGACUACCAGGCCGUGCGCAACGAGGUGCCCGAGGAGAAGCUCUACAAGGUGUACACCUUCAACUCCGUGCGCAAGUCCAUGAGCACCGUGCUGAGGAACAGCGGCGGCGGCUUCCGCAUGUACAGCAAGGGCGCCUCCGAGAUCAUCCUGCGCAAGUGCACCAAGAUCCUGGACAAGAACGGCGAGCCGAGGGUGUUCAAGGUGAAGGACAGGGACGAGAUGGUGAAGAAGGUGAUCGAGCCCAUGGCCUGCCACGGGCUCAGGACCAUCUGCCUGGCAUUCCGGGACUUCCCUGCGGAUGCAGAGCCCGACUGGGACAGCGAGAACGAGAUCCUGUCUGACCUGACCUGCAUUGCCGUGGUGGGGAUCGAGGAUCCCGUGCGGCCCGAGGUGCCCGAUGCCAUCCUGAAGUGCCAGCGCGCGGGCAUCACCGUCCGCAUGGUGACAGGGGACAACAUCAACACUGCCCGUGCCAUUGCCACCAAGUGUGGCAUCCUGCUGCCCGGGGAGGACUUCCUGUGCCUGGAGGGGAAGGAGUUCAACCGCCUGAUCCGCAACGAGAAGGGAGAGGUGGAGCAGGAGCAGCUGGACAAGAUCUGGCCCAAGCUGCGGGUGCUGGCACGCUCCUCCCCCACGGACAAGCACACCCUGGUGAAAGGAAUCAUCGACAGCACCGUGGGUGACCAGCGGCAGGUGGUGGCUGUGACAGGGGACGGGACCAACGAUGGCCCAGCCCUGAAGAAAGCAGACGUUGGGUUUGCCAUGGGCAUCGCGGGUACGGACGUGGCCAAGGAGGCCUCGGACAUCAUCCUGACCGACGACAACUUCACCAGCAUCGUCAAGGCCGUCAUGUGGGGCCGCAACGUCUACGACAGCAUCUCCAAGUUCCUGCAGUUCCAGCUCACCGUCAACGUGGUGGCCGUCAUCGUGGCCUUCACUGGAGCCUGCAUCACACAGGACUCGCCCCUGAAGGCCGUGCAGAUGCUGUGGGUGAACCUGAUCAUGGACACGUUCGCCUCGCUGGCGCUGGCCACGGAGCCGCCGUCGGAGUCGCUGCUGCUGCGCAAACCCUACGGGCGCAACAAGCCGCUCAUCUCCCGCACCAUGAUGAAAAACAUCCUGGGCCACGCCGUCUACCAGCUCACCAUCAUCUUCACCCUGCUCUUCGCAGGGGAGAAGUUUUUCGACAUCGACAGCGGCCGGAACGCGCCCCUGCACUCGCCCCCCACCGAGCACUACACCAUCGUCUUCAACACCUUCGUGAUGAUGCAGCUCUUCAACGAGAUCAACGCGCGCAAGAUCCACGGCGAGAGGAACGUCUUCGAGGCCAUCUACCGCAACCCCAUCUUCUGCACCGUGGUGCUGGGCACCUUCUUCGCCCAGAUCAUCAUUGUGGAGUUUGGUGGGAAGCCCUUCAGCUGCUCUGGGCUCACCCUGAGCCAGUGGUUCUGGUGCAUUUUCAUCGGAGUGGGAGAGCUCCUGUGGGGCCAGCUGAUCUGCACCGUGCCAACGAGCCACCUGAAGUUCCUGAAGGAGGCUGGGCACGGCAUCACCAAGGAGGAGAUCCCCGAGGAGGAGCUGCCCGAGGACGUGGACGAGAUCGACCACGCGGAGAUGGAGCUGCGGCGGGGGCAGAUCCUGUGGUUCCGGGGGCUCAACAGGAUCCAGACCCAGAUGGACGUAGUUUACACAUUCCAGACCGGCGCCUCCUCUUUGCAGGGAGCCCUCAGGAGACAGCCUUCCAUCGUGAGCCAGCACCACGAUAUCAAAGUGGUGAAUGCGUUCCGUAGCUCCCUGUACGAAGGCCUCGAGAAACCCGAAUCCAGAAGCUCCAUCCAUAACUUCAUGACUCACCCAGAGUUCAUCCUGGAGGAAGAUGAGCCUCGGACACCAUUCCUUGACAGCACCGAAGACGAGCCCGAGCCUGACGGACUCCAAAAGCGAGGUGGGGGCAGCCUGGGGGGCUCCACGGCCCUCAACAGGAACAACAACGCCGUGGACAGCGAGUUCAGCUUCCCCGAGCCCGGGAGCCCCUUCCACAGCCUGGAGACCUCUGUUUGACCUUAGGACUUGGAAUUCCCCCUCCUCCUCCUCUUCCUCGUCCUCAUCCACCUGGGCCCUGUGUGAUCCCAGCACCAGUAACUGAUCACACUGCUGCGGUCAAACUGCUCAUGCCUGUAUCAUCAUCGGGGGUUUUGGGGGUUUUUUUGGGGUGGGGUGGGGGGUUUAAUGUGUUUUUUUCAUUUUUGUUUUGUUUCAUUUCGUUGGGGUUUUUUUUUUUACCUUUAUUUAGCAGUGGGAACCAGAGUACCACCACGAUGGGUGUUGGGAGAGAGGCUAAGCCAAAAAAAAAAAACCAAAACAAACAAAAAACAAAUACCAGUUGUGCAUCUCCAUCCCUGAUUUUCCGUGGUACUCACCCAGGGAAGCUGCCAGCUUCUUUCCUCUCCAAGAGUUGGGCUCCAGGCACCUGGAGCCAGGGGGUUUUCACUUUGGAAAAAUGCAUGUUCCAAGGAAAUUCAAAUUGUUGUAGUCUUACACGCCCUCAGCCCGAAGGCUGGGGGUGCACUUGUGACUUGAUUUUAAAUUUUUUUUGUGGUUUUUUUUUUCACACGUGGUUUUUAGGGGUUUUUUUUUUUCUUCUAAUGUUGGGGUUUGCUCUUUGCUUGUGGGAUUUGCCCCCCUACCCAGGGGGAAGUGGGCAGGGGCAGUCACUGCUCCAGUAAGGAAAUUAAGGAAUAAACUAAAAAAUCCCAGCCAGGGGAAGGUGUUUACUCCAAGGUUCAGAGAUCCAGGGAUGCCCACCAGUCUUCCACCUUUGAAAAAUGGUACCUGGGCUUCUUCCAGCUCCCCCUCUGUGUGUGCCCACACGUUUCUCUCUCUUUGUUUCCAAACUGGGAGAUGAGAAACGAAGGUGGCUUGGCUCUGACCUUGCUGGAGGGAAGAAAUUCUGAUUUUCCUGCAAAGGUGGAGGUGAAACUACCAGGGAAAAGGUGGGGAGAGCCUCCCAGGUGUGAGGGGUUCUUCCUGAGGGAUUCUCUAGGAGAGGCCUCUCUGCUGCUCCUGGUCAGGGGGGAAACUCUUGGGGUGAGGAUUUUUGCAGCUCUCCCAGCUCCUGCCCUCCAGAGCAGAGGGAUUUUUGCCCUUUUUUCUGUGCUCUUGGGGUCCAGCACCCCUCAGCCUCACAGUGAUCCAGGAGGAGGCUCCAGCCAUGCCCAAAAGCCGUGGGAGGCUGAGUGGGAACCUCCUGAAUCCUUGCAGGGAUCAACCCAGCUGCCUCAUGGUCCAGUGGAAGGUGCGAUGAUCCCAGAUUUUCCUGGAUGUGUGGCUUGGAUGGCUGCAGGUCUCCCAGAGAAGGAGCUGCUGGAGGCUUGGCCUCACUUGGCUGCUUUUUUUGGAGGUCAUCUCCUCUCCUCCAGCCCUGGGAACAAGCCAGUGAGAGUCCCUUUCCUUGGAGGUGGCUCUGGAUUGUCCCUCUGGCCAUCCCUGGAGCAGGAAGCAGAGCUUGGGCUUCUCCUCCCCUUGAGGGAAGCUCUGCCACCUCCCUGCUCUCCUCCAUCCCCUCUGGCUGAGAGGAACAGAGCAGGAAACGAGGCCAUUCCCACCUCUGGAUGGGAAAACCCUGGGAUUCCAAGCCCUGAGGGUUUUUUAUGGGUUUUUUUUGGGAAAGGCUGGCUCUGGCUGGGUUCUCCUCCCCUGUCCCACCAGGAACGCACAGCGGAAUCUCCCGUGCCUUCUCCGAGCACUGCCUGCAGCACCUCCUGCCACGCCAGGCCCAGAUCUUUGCCAAGAUUUAAGUGUUCCUUAAACCACAACGUGAACCAAGUGUCUCUGUGUCCUUCCCUGGGCUGGGAGGAGGAGGAGGAGGAGGAGGAGGAGGGAAGGAUGAGCUCCUUUUUCCUGCUGAGGAAAGGUCUUUAUCCCAAAAAUCCCAAAUAUCCUGAAUAUCCCAAGUGUCCCACCCUGGUGCUGGCGAGCUGGGCUUUGUUCACUGCCAACAGCAAGAAGAAAUUGCCACCACUGCCCGUCCCCAGUGCAAAUUCAGUGUCCACCCCAUGCCUGGCUCCUCCUUGCCUCCCUCCCCCCAAAAAAAUAACCCAGGGGAGUGAAGGGAUCUUGGGUUAAACACCAGGAAAAACAACACAAAAAAAACCCCAAAACGAGGGGUGGUUGUGGGGUUUUGGUUCUGUGCUAAAGGUGACGUUGCUUAAAAAAAAAAACAAAAAAAAAAAUCACUUUUUCUAUUUUAAAUACUUGCAAAAAAGAAAAAAAAAAAAGAGAAUGGUGUUCUUACAAGCUUACAGAAAUAUUUAUUACUUUUUUGGGGGGAUGCACCAAUUUUUUUUUUUUUCCUUUUGAUAUUUUUUUUAAUACCUCAGACCUGUUGAAAAAAAGAAAUAAAACAAAAAAAAAAAAGACUCAAACCAACAACAACUUCAAGCCAACUUUGGAGGCUCUCAAAGUCACUCCCAGAAAUCUGUGACUGGCAGGAUUUGCCACAAGGGUCUGGUCGUUCCUUUAGUUUGCUCUCUUUUUGUUGUUCUAGUUUCCAUUUUAGGAGUGGGGGGAGGGAGAAAUAAUGCUAUAUAAAUAUUAUGCAAAAAAAAAAAAGGAAAAAAAAAGAAAAAGAAAAAAAAUCUAGUUUUCUUUAGCUCAGAAACUGAUAUUUUUACGUCAGCCAUAUGUAUUUUGUUUAAAGAAAAAAAAGAAAAUAAAUCUUGAGUCCCGAUGCUGCUUGAGGGCAGUUGCAAGGGACACUUUAAUUAAUUCCGUGGAUUAAUUAAUUCAGCCAUCGGAUGCCAGUCAGCUUCCUUUUCUCUGAGCAGCCAUCUUUCUACUAGCCGUGAGUUGGAUGACACAAAUGGGGUUUUUUUAUAUAAAUAUCUAUAAAUUAUGUUGGUGUAUGGCUGGUUGCUUCAAGUAUAAAUGUUUCUUGUGCAGAUUUCCUGUAAAGUUUUGUUUUUUUGGGUUAAGUUUCAGUGAUAUCCUGGCAGCAGCUGACUCUUGGCUUAAGUUAUUGAGGACAUUAUACAAAAAAAAAAAGAGAUUUGGGGGAGAUUGGUGCUCCAGAAAAAAAGGCAUGGUCGGCGGCACGGACUUUUGGGGACUUUCUGCAACAUGCCUUGACUAGGGGGAGAUAUAAAUAUCCAUAUAAAUAUAUAUUAUUAUGAAUAAUUUCUGGUUUUUUGCUUUGUUUGAACUGCCACGAGUGCGCGCGGAGCAGGGGAGGGCCGGCGCCGUGCCCGCCAGGAAGCAAAGCCACCCCCUCCCUCCUCCUUGUGAUCAACUUGCCUUGGAAUGCUUUGUUAUUAAAACACUCUGAACAUC